UUGGGAUAGCGCUAUACCAUUAGAAUCAGACAGCUGAUUGCCCAGCAGGAUGCCGUCAACUAUCCCAACAGAGGGCCUGAAGGACCCUGAAACUGCAGAGCUCUUCUCCAAAGAAGAUCCAGAGAAGCUCUUCACAGAUCUCAGAGAAGUUGGCCAUGGGAGCUUUGGAGCAGUGUACUCUGCACGAGAUGUGCGCACCAAUGAAGUGGUGGCUAUCAAGAAAUUAUCUUAUACUGGAAUGCAGUCUACGAAGAAAUGGCAGGACAUUAUUAAGGAAGUCAGGUUUCUACAAAUAUUAAAACAUCCCAACAUUAUAGAAUACAAAGGCUGCUAUUUAAGUGAGCACACAGCAUGGCUUGUAAUGGAAUAUUGUAUAAGAUCUGUUUCAGAUUUCCUGAAAGUUCACAAAAAGCCAUUACAAGAAAUGGAAAUAGCAGCAAUUACACAUGGUGCUCUCCAGGGCUUAGCCUACUUACAUUCUCAUGCCAUGAUCCAUAGAGAUAUCAAAGCAGCAAAUAUCCUUCUGACAGAACAAGGCCAGGUGAAACUUGCUGACUUUGGAUUGGCUUCCAUGGCCUCUCGUGCCAGUUCUUUUGUGGGAACGCCGAAUUGGAUGGCCCCAGAAGUAAUUUUAGCCAAGGAUGAAGAACAACAAUAUGGUACCGAAGUAGAUAUUUGGUCUCUUGGAAUAACAUGUAUUGAACUAGCGGAAAUGAAGCCUCCUUUACAGAGUAAUAGUUCAGUAAGUGUCUUCAGUCGCAUAAUCAGAAGUGAAUCCCCUACACUACAGUCUACUGAAUGGUCUUAUCAUUUUCGACACUUUGUAGAUUCUUGCCUCCAGAAAAUCCCUCAAGAUCGUCCUACAUCACAGAAACUUUUAAAGCACAUGUUUGUUCGUCGGGAGCGCCCUGAAACAGUGUUAAUCGAUCUUAUUCAGAGGACAAAGGUGCUUUCCCAGGAGGCGCAUAAUGGACCAGCAGUAGAGUCACAGGAAGAAGAGGAGAUAAAGAUAUUUGAAUCUAAUGCUCUUUUCCCUCAGGAACUAGAUUACUGUGUUGGAUGGAAAGGGACAGUGAAUAGUGUUGAAAGUCAUCAGGCUGUUCCCAGUAUGUCCAGCGGGGCCAGUAGUCAAAGCACUAGUGUCAGCAGUUUUCCAGAUGCCUCAGAUGAUGAGAGAGAGCUAGACAUGAUGGAGGGAAACCACCCAGUCACGCCUAGUAGUUCUGUCAUCGAUUUAAAACCUGUUACAAGGCAAAUACAAGAACAGGAGCCUAGAGAACAAAUGUUUUGUUACAUCGAAAUGAGGCGGCAACAUCGAAGAAAGCUGGUGACUCUGGAAAACAAGCUAAAGGCUGAGAUGGAUGAACAUCGUUUCAGAUUAGAAAAAGAUUUUGAAACUCAGUGCAACAACUUUGCGGCAGAAAUGGCGAAACUUAUCAAGAAACAUCAGGCUGCUCUGGAAAAAGAGGCUGAAGUGAUGCCCAAAGAGGAGGAAAAAUUUAAGCAACAUCUACAGGCCCAGCAGAAGAAAGAACUGAACAGCUUUCUGAAGUCCCAGAAGAGAGAAUAUAAACUUCAGAAGGAACAGCUUAAGAAGGCGCUGAAUGAAAGCCGGAGCGCCCCAAGGAAAGAAAAACAGGAAUGGCUGUCAAAGCAGAUAGAGAACAUCCAGCAUCUCCAAGCCGCGGAAAAGACUGAUCUUCUUCAACAUCAGAGACAGUGCCUAGGGCUGCAAUGCCGUUGCUUCCAAAGAAAGAUAUUCCUUGGGCGCUGUAACUUGGAGCAGGACCUUGUCAUGGAGGAGUUAGAUAAGAGGCAGACUCAAAUGGACUUGGAGCAUGCAACGCUACUGCGACAUCACGAAUCCAUGCAAGAACUGGAGUUCCGCCAGCUCAACACAAGGCAGAAGAUGCGCUCUGAGCUGAUCAGACUGCAGCAUCAAGCCGAGCUCACUAACCAGCUGGAGCAUAAUAAACGGAGAGAACAAGGACUAAGGCGAAAGCAUGCCAUGGAGGUUCAACAACAGUCUAAGAGUCUAAAGUCUAAAAAACUCCAAAUCAAAAAGCAGUUCCAGGACACCUGUAAAAUCCAAACCAGACAGUACAAAGCUUUAAGAAAACUCUUACGGGAAUCUACACCAAAGAGUGAGCGCAAAGCUGUUCUGAAACGGCUUAAGGAGGAGCAGACCCGGAAGUUAGCCAUCUUAGCUGAGCAGUGUGACCACAGCAUUCGUGAAAUGCUCUCCACUCAAGCCCUGCAUUUGGAUGAAGCACAGGAGGCAGAGUGCCAGGUUUUGAAAAUGCAGCUGCAGCAGAAACUGGAGCUGCUGAAUGCAUAUCAUAGCAAAAUCAAGCUGCAGGCUGAGGCACAAGAUGAUCGAGAGCUUCGGGAGCUUGAACAGAGGGUCUCCUACCGCAGGGCACUCAUACAACAACAGAUAGAAGAAGAGGUACUGACGUUUCAGAAUGAAUCUACGGAACGAAUACAAAGCCUGCUGGAGCGUCGAGCAACACAAUUGAACGCUUUCAAGUCUGAAAGCGAAAGACUAGGUUUUAGUAACCUUGCCCCUGACGCAUUCAGCCACAGCUCCUCCAGAGCUUCUGAUUUGCCUCACAGUCCAACUGGGGGUCCAGGACCUCACUCGGGGCAUCCCAUAGGUGGCCCACCACAAGCCUGCGGCCAUCCAAUGCAAGGUGGGCCUAGUCAUGGAGGUCACCAUUCCACGCCAAUGCCUUGGGUACCCCGAGGUAGCAGUAUGGGAGUUGGCAAUGGCCCUCAGGCUCUGAGGCGGACAGCUGCCGGGGGACGGACCGAACAGGGCAUGAGCAGAAGCACGAGCGUCACUUCACAAACAUCCAGUGGGUCACACAUGUCUUACACGUAACUUAAUAACUGAGAAUGGCAAUUCCGCUGAGCUGGCCGCCACUACAGACAUCACCCCAGCAGCCUCCUCACUUGGCUACUACCGUGUGGAAGCUGAGUGCAUGUGGUAUAUUUUACUCAUUUUUGUAAAGCGUUUUGUUUUGUGUUUACUAAUUGGGAUGUCAUAGUAUUUAGCUGUUGGGUUUUGUGUUUUUUGUUUUUAACUUUUGGGGAAAUUUUAUGAAAAGGGGAAUUGGUGUGUAUGUGUAUUUAUCAAAUAUGCAGACACACACACACACACACAUAAUGCACGUAGGAAAAAGAAACUGGUUAGAUAGGGUAUUUUCUGAAAACUGCAAAAACAGAAUUCAGCAGUGGCCUGAGUCAUCAUCACCUUUGGGCAACUCUAUCCUAAGAAAUUUGUGAAAAGAUCUAAAGCCUUUCUCCGUAUACCCCACCCAGAUUCUUAUGAGCCACUCACAGCAGGGAGCAUGUGCCAGAACAAGUUAUUAUGGAAACACCUGUAUCCCCUCACCAAUGUAUUUUGUUUAUUAAAUAAAUGUAUUUUGUCUGACUUUUGUUUAUUAAAUUGGCCUCAUUUGAAGUAGGAAAAAAAGUAGAAAUCCAUGAACACUAAAGGGUUGCAUUGACUUUUUCAGAGAGAAGACAACCUAAUUCUUUUUCUCAAUGCUGCAAGUUUGUCAGGGACUUUUUUUUUUUUGGUCCAUUCAAUUGUGCCUUCUUUGAGGCAUGGUGAGAUUGAGGUGCUUCAGGGGGUCACACGUUUUGUGGGAAUUGCUUCACAGCACUGAUCUGGGUCAUCUUCAGCCCCAUCAAUACUAGUUGUGAGACCUUAAGCACAGCUUCUCUGACCAUGAUUCAAAAGAAAUAGGAAAACAGGUGGUUUCUGGCUGGAACAAAUGAACCAGUGUGAGACUCAUCAGCCAUAUUAUGGUUCUCAGAGUGUGUGUGUCUGUGUGUGGGGAGUGUACAGUGGGCAGCCCAGGGCCCAGCCUGAGAGCCUCAGAGAUGCCCAUCUUGCAGGCCCUUCCCAACUUUGCAAUGGAAUUAAUAACUGGGACGUCUGGCUUUGUAAGAACUGGAGAAUAGAUUCGGAUCAGAAAGUAGAUGCCAUUUCAUCAUAGAAGUCUUUAAUAGACUCGGAGAACAGGAUCUAGCUACUUUGACUGUUUCAUUAUAUUCUAACAGACCAAAUUAAGGUCUAUUCACAGUCUCAGUCUUUUCAUAGGGAACAACUCAUGAAAUAACUUUCCCAAGGUCAUGAGUCAGAUGAAGUAGAAACUAGAAGCCACAUCUCCAAACUACCUCAGUGCUCUAUCCCCCACACAAGUUACUAAUUGCCCUCUGGAAAAUAUCUCU